CCUGCAUCACCGGCGGGCCGUUCCCCAACUCGCCAAACUCCCCGGACCCCGGACACCGACGUUUGUAGCCCGGUCCCAUCCACAAACUUUAUUUGCACGCCGUGUCACCUCACAGACACCACCCACAGACAGUGACACCAGUCCACCAGACCUGACCAAUCACCAAACACACUUCCACAUUCAAAGCAAUUGCAACAACAUGUCACAACAACCACCCACCGUCGUCUCCAAAGACGAACAUCAGAGGAAACCGCGAAAAGAACGGGGUCCCAAAGCACCCAAACAAAAGAAGGAAAACCCCAUCACGGCCGCCGUCACCUCAUGGCUCCAAGACCAGCGACAAUCCAUCUCCCUCGCCGCACUACUUUCACCUCUUGAAACUACUCAGGAUGAAGAACAGCUCGAAAUCCUCCUCCUCGACAAAGCGCCCAAGCGGUGGGUAAUCUACGAGCCCAUGGUCCUUCUCCCCAGCGGAAGUUUCACCGCCUCUCCCUGGCCUCAACUGCUCGACUCUCUCUCCUCCGACAUCAAAUCUUCGUUGUGGACCAGGAUCCUGGCCAACAUCACCAGGGAUGGAGGAGCGUCAAAGGCGGAGUUGACGAGGUUGGCUGUUAAUGAGGGGAUUCCUUUGCAUCAUGUUGCCGACGCUGCUGAAGAUGCGAAAGCUGGCUUGAAGGGUGAAGAAGAAGAAGAAGAAGAGAACUUGCUAAGAUCGCCCUCGGGACUAAAGUUAUUACACGGCGACUUCGGUCCCGCCUUGUCACCCACCGCCGCCCUACCUACGCCGCAAGAUUUUGGCGAAGCGUUUUGGGUGUCAACCAAGCAAAAUGGGAUUACCCAGAUUUGGGCGCCGCGGUAUACCAUGUUCUCGAGGGGAAAUGUGAAGGAGAAGGCUAGGCUUUUGGAGUUUCACCACCACCGCUCUCUCACUAGCGCAGCGGCGCCCACCAACACCAACGCAGCAGCACCAUCACCACAACAAAACCUGACCCAUCGGGUAAAACCACCAGCCACCCUAAAGGACAAAUACGCCCUAGACCUCUACGCCGGCAUAGGAUACUUCGUCUUCUCCUACGCCAAGCUGGGGAUGCGCGUGCUCUGCUGGGAGAUCAACCCGUGGAGCGUGGAGGGACUGCGGAGGGGUGCGCUGGCGAAUAAGUGGAGCGUCAAGGUGUUUCAGGGGGAGGAAGAUCUGACAAAGAAAACGACGGGGGAGAUGUUGAGAGAGGCGGAUGCGGAGGGGGUGCAGGUUGUGGUAUUUUUGGAUGGGAAUGAGAGUGCGGGGCGGAGGGUGAGGGAAUUGAGGGAAGAGGGAGGGGAGUUGGAUGUGAUCCAUGUUAAUGGUGGGUUUUUGCCUACUAGUGAGAAGAGCUGGAGGGAUUCGUGGGAGGCUGUGGUGGGGAAGGGGGUGGGGGAUGGGUGGUUGCAUUUACAUGAGAAUGUGCAUGUGAAGGAUAUUGAGUCGCGGAGGGGGGAGAUUCAGGGGAUCAUGGAUCGAUGGAAUCAAGAGUUGGAUGGCAGUGAGGGGACGACUGAGACAAAGGCGGUGGUGGAGCAUGUAGAGCUCGUCAAGACGUUUGCGCCAGAUGUGUGGCAUUGCGUCUUUGAUGUAUACAUUACAAGGAGUUCUAGUACAAGUAGUAGUGGUAGUGGUAGUCGUCCAACAUGA